AUGGCUUCAGGUUCUGUUAACUACGGUCUUCGUGCUCUACCUUUGAACGAUACUUCGUCUUGCUCCGUUACCUACGGAUCAAUGUUGAGCGGCAGACUGAAAACCGUAAUGCUUUAUGAUCUCCAUACUCGAAUCACCAAUUUCAUAAGAUUUGAAACAUAUGGGUUUGAAAAAGUCGAGCCCGGAGGAGUAUUGGAAUUUGCGAGCAAUGAUUUUGUGAGAGGCCAACCUGAGCUUUUGGAGAAGAUUUACGAUCGCUACAUGGAAAAAACCAGAGAGGAGUGGGAUUUAGUCACCAAGGAGAACAUGGAGAGCAUUGAAAGGGAUGAUAGGGAGAGAACGGAUAAAGCUUUAGCCGUAGAGCUCAAGGAUCUAAUGAAACUUAUAGUAAAGGAAAGGGAGAGUAGGGGACAACCUCUAUCAAAAGAGCUCGAGGAUCUAUUGCAAUAG